AGAGGGAUAGAGAUAGAGACAGAUAGACGGAGCCUCUGAAUCGUUGAUGGUGGAAGCAAUGUCGGCGUCGUUUGGGGUGGUGAACAGAGCGGGUGCAGGAGCAAAGACGGUUCUGAUAACCGGCGUGAGUAAAGGUCUGGGGAGAGCCCUAGCAGUGGAGCUGGCCAAGAGAGGCCACACCGUUAUUGGCUGCUCUCGUUCUCAGGAUAAGCUCUCCUCUCUCCAAUCAGAACUCUCCUCCCCAGACUCCCACCUUUUCGUCAAUGCCGACAUGAGAUUGAACAACAGCGUCGAAGAGCUGGCAAGGGUGGUGGUGGAAAAGAAAGGGAUUCCGGAUAUCAUAGUAAACAAUGCAGGCACAAUCAAUAGAAACAACAAAAUUUGGGAGGUUCCACCUGAAGAGUUCGACAAUGUUAUUGAUACAAAUGUAAAAGGAAUAGCAAAUGUAUUGCGCCACUUCAUCCCACUGAUGCUGCCAAGCAAGCAAGGAAUCAUCGUCAAUAUGUCCUCUGGGUGGGGGAGAUCUGGUGCUGCAUUGGUGGGACCUUACUGUGCAUCUAAAUGGGCCGUUGAGGGUUUGACCAGAUCAGUCGCAAAAGAGUUACCUGAUGGAAUGGCUAUUGUUGCACUUAAUCCGGGUGUUAUAAAUACCGAGAUGCUUGCGUCAUGCUUCGGAAAUUCAGCUGCCCUAUAUCAGGCACCUGAUGCUUGGGCUUUGAAGGCUGCAACUAUGAUACUUAAUCUUACAGGAGCAGAUAACGGUGCUUCCCUUACUGUUUGACAGUGCUUUCUGCUCAGCACAUUAGUAUUCAUUUCCUACAAUAUGAUUAUGAAGUCUCUGAGAAAUGUAAACAAAAUCCGUCAACAUUUUACAUCUUAGAUUUAAGUGAAUUCUACAGUUUAUAAAAGCGAAUUCUUCCUAGGUUGAAGGCGGUCUUGCCAAUAUUCAUUGUUACAUUCCUUAGUAAGCUUAAGGCAGCAGAGUUUUCUUGUUCUCGUGCUCUGUUGUAAUGGGAUUGCAUUCAUGUAUAUGGACAAGUAGUGCUUUAUACACUGCUGAUAGCUAUUGACCUCUAACCAUUGUCAAAUUUAGAAGUUGGGAGUCUGCAUUGCUACUGCUCAUGUUAAUGAACACAAGGCAUGAAUUUGAGAGUUGCUUCUACA